UGUCAGGGGGAGGUGGAAGUCUGGUGUGCGGAGAGCUGCCCUUCGAGGAACGGGCUGCCCCUGUCCACGGUGCUGAAACGCAUUGGCCAUCCAAACGUCCUCUGAACUAGAACCUAGACACAGUUUCAAGCCACAAAGAGAUCCAGAUUUUGCACCAACUUUCUUUUGGAAAUUUCAGUGAAGGGUUCGUUGCUCCGGAUAGCUGUUUGGAAGCGGGAGGAUUUCACCACCUAGUUUCAGUCAACUUUGUUCCAAAUGACCAUUUAAAGUGAGGGAUGGAAGGCUCCAGUUUUGGGAUUGACUCGAUCUUAUCCCACAGGCCAGUCAGCCCGGUCCUGGCCAAAGGAGACUCGUUGAUAGGCGACUGCAGAUCACCCUCGGAGAUGAAAGGCGGCCUGAGCCCAGUGUCGGACAUGGGCAGCGAGCAGGAUUCCCCUUCCUCGCCCGGGACCGAGUGCGGCGAGACGCCUCCGCCCCUGCCGGGCGCCGCUGGCGGGCUCGAGUCUCAGCCGCAUCCGGGGCAGCUGUGUGCCGUUCCCCAGCCCAGAACUGCCACCUCCUCCUUCCUCAUCAGAGACAUACUGGGCGAGUGCAAACCUUUGGCGGCCUGUGCCCCGUACUCCAGCAGCGGUCAGGCUCCCCAGGAAACGGCGCAUAAACAGGGCGAGGAAUUCAGAGAGAAACUGGACAAAAGAGAGAAUUCUUCCUCAGACACGGAAUAUAAAGUCAAAGAGGAGGCGGAGAGAGAGAUCUCGAGUAGCCGGGAGAGCCCGCCCGUCCGCUUGAAGAAACCCCGGAAGGCCCGCACUGCCUUCACUGAUCACCAGCUUGCUCAGUUGGAGAGGAGCUUCGAGCGGCAGAAGUAUCUCAGUGUGCAAGACAGGAUGGAACUGGCGGCUUCGCUGAACCUGACAGACACCCAGGUCAAAACCUGGUACCAAAACAGGAGGACGAAAUGGAAAAGACAGACAGCGGUGGGGCUGGAACUCUUGGCAGAGGCCGGAAACUAUUCAGCUCUGCAGCGUAUGUUUCCAUCACCUUAUUUCUACCACCCUAACGUCGUUUCCAACCUAGACCCGACUGCUAUGUACAUGUACCGGGGUCCCGCCGCUCCUCACCCCGUUAUCCAACGACCCAUCGUCCCUCGAGUGCUCAUCCACGGACUGGCAGCGGGGGGCGAGCAACCUCCGCCUCUUCCCGGUCUCGCAGGCGUCCUCCCUCGGCCGCCGCAGCCUCGAUGAGCCGCUCGGCCCCGCUUGGACUUUAGUGGAAGCAACAACUAAAUUCAAAAUAAUUUAAAAAAAAGCUCCAGUAUUUAAAAAAAGUGAAACGAUUUUUAAGAAAGAUUGUAUUCUACUGUAUUUAUGGUCUUUAUUUUAAAACUUUUUUGUGUAAAAAGUGAGAGGUUUUUAACUGUGAUGCAAACAUUGUCUUAAUUUAAAAAUGUUUUAAUUCAUCCUUAACAUCUAUAGUUUAUUAUUUUUCUUUUUAAAAAUUUAUAGUUUUUUACAAAACGGAAAUCAACUUCAUGGUAUGAAAUCAGUAACUGGUGAUGUUGCACUAUUUAAAAUACUUUUUGUUGCUAUUGAGCAUUUAAAUUGUACAAUUUAUUUAUUUUAAAAGUAAGUUACAAUGAUCGACGAAUUCUCUGUAUUAUAUUGUAAAUACCACGUGAGUGUAUUGUUUUAUCUGUGCGCACAUUUUGUAGUUUCCUGUUGUGUUUUGAUUUUAUAUGGGUGUAGAUUGAAGACGGAGAGAUGACUAAACCCUUUCCCUAGCGCUACCCCCUACACCUCGCCCUGUAUUACAGAUACGAUUAUUUAUUGAAUACUGCGUUGGAGUUGGAGCCGGCAGCUGUUAUCGCGGCAGCCUGAGAGCGGCACCCCGGCUUCGGGAGCCUGACAGAUGGAUAGCGGAUCCUGGCAUUCCCCGGCGCCCUCAGUUCCCAGCAGGACACAAAGAAAAAAAAAGAAUCGACAUUCGGCCGGAAAAAAACCCAGAGCCCGUUCGGUUUCAUGUACCCAAACUCAACAAGUCGUCAUUGCGGGGUUUAAAAGAAAAAAGUGUUUGGAACAAUUCUAAAACUCAAUCAACCCAUUUUCUAUCUACACCCCUUAACUGUUGUAUUGUCUCAGAACUUUUAUUUUUUAAUUCCUGUUUUGUGAAUACUCCUCCAUUUCAAUGACAGAUCUUAAAAUAUUUGCAGCUCUAAUUAUAUCAUUUUUACAGCACGCCUUGCAAACUGGCUGUACAAUAAUUGUUACAAAAGAAAAGUUUGAAUACAGUUUAAGUGGAAUGACUGUCCUUUAGAGCGGUGUGCUUAAAUGUGAAUUCCUGUAGCUGUCAGCAACGCGUCAGUCACACGUCAGUAUUCCAUUUAAUCGGAGCUGAAUGCAGCAUCAAGGAGAGAACAAGAGGCCGAGAUUCAAUGUCUGAUAUUCUGUUUCAAGAGUUUGGAAACGUUAUUAUUUUUAUACCGAUAGUUUGUCAAUGGAGAAUUUCAACAUGUCGAUACAUUUCCUUGCUGGCAUUUCUGGAAUAGCCGUAUUUCUGUUUACACCUGUCAUUUGUAAUAUAUUGAAAGACAAAUUAUGGAAGAAUGUUCAACACAGCUCCAUUUUUUAAAAUUAUAUUUCAGUCAAUAAAGGAUUCGCUCUUAUUUAUUAAAAAAAAGUUUACUG